AUGCAGUCAUCGAAUCAAAUUCCUCCCAUUCAUAAUGCAAACGAUGACAAUUCCUUAGGUAUUGCAGCGCAUUACCUCAAAAGUGGAAGUGUUAUUGCUCUGCCCACAGAUACAGUGUAUGGCCUAGCGUGCGAUGCCAACAACGAGACUGCUAUCAAAAAACUUUACACAAUCAAAGGACGUGAUUUCCACAAGCCGGUGGCGAUUUGCGUACGAAAUUUAGCUGAUCUAAAAAAAUAUGGACGAGCGGAACAUUUAAGUGAUACUUUAUUGGAAAAGUUAUUGCCUGGACCUAUAACCAUAGUCAUUGAGCGUUCAAAACAUUUGAGUAAUCCUUUUCUUAACCCCAGUACAAGUAAAAUAGGAAUACGCAUUCCGAAUUUCAAAUUCAUUCAAGACCUUUGUAAAAUCUAUAACGAACAGCCACUGGCGUUGACCAGUGCCAACCGAUCUUCGGAAAAGAGUAGUUUAAAUAUUAAAGAGUUCGAGUGCUUGUGGCCUUCUUUGGGAGGAAUAUUCGAUUGUGGUCAUAUAAGUCUCUCCGAAGAAAGAAGGUCGGCAUCAACCGUUGUUGAUUUGUCUGUGCCGGGCCUAUAUAAAAUAGUUCGUGAGGGCGUUGCUCUGAAAUUUACUCUCGAUGUUUUGAAUGAACACGGCUUGCAGUCAUUUGAGUCGUUGGCAUCAUGUUGAUAUACAUAUAUAUUUAUUGUACA